AUGUCAGCCAUUUGUUUACAUCUAGCAACCAUACAGCGCCUAGUCUCUGACGCCAAGACUAUUCCUGUCGACACCGUGCUUGGCAAAGAGGUACUGGAUGAUAAAGGCUAUACAGCGCCCUCUUGUGUUUCAGAGCCAUUGCUAAACAAUAUAACGUAUUCACGACAUAAGAGAAGUUUGUAUGUGCCCGCUGCUCUCAAUCAAAAAAUAGAUUAUGUUUUGUAUCAUAUGCACAUGGCAUAUCGAAAAAACGUUGGUGAAGGAGUUGAACUAGAGUGUGCUGGAGAAUUGACUCAAGAAUUCUUGAAUGUUUUUCCUCAAGCAACAUUUCGUUGGAAAUUGAACAAUGGCCCUUUUAUUUUGGCGCCAGAUAGAAUGCUUUAUCGUAAUAAUGCUAUUGUGAUUCAGUCCUUAACCGUAGACGAUUCUGGCUUGUAUUUGUGUCAAAUGGAGUAUGCCAAGAAAAGAUAUAAAUCUUUCGCGUUUCAUUCCCUCAUUGUCAUUGGUACUGAACCAACAGUUCGUAUCAAGCUAUUCCAAUCUUUCAAUCUCAAAUGUACCAGUCAGUUUAUUGGAAAACUUCACGUCAAUUCAUACAGAAAUUGGCUUUUCAAUGGAAAGAUAAAGAAAGAUUUCAGCAAGAUUCCGGCGACUAAAAGUAAUCCAGAAGUAAUUCCACGUAUAGAACAUGGUCAUGCAGGAACUUGGACUUGUGAAGUAAUCGAGCCAACAAACGGGAAAAGGUGGGAAAUAAAGUUUUAUCUAAUACAAGUCGGUGAACCUGUAGCCUGGGUGAAGGGCAUAGAUAUUGAAUUCACUGGAAAAACCCAAGCAAUAGUUAUUUCUGUUUGUACAGUGGUAGUUAUUGCUCUAUUAAUACUUGGGAUGAUUAUCAUGAGAAUAAUUCAACAAGAUGAUAAACAGCAAGAAGCAUUGGAUCAAAUUAAAACUCAGAUGAUAAGGAUUAAGGCCAAGGGCAUUAAAUUGAGAGGUCAAACAGUUGCCCACACCAGUGGAAGUAGUACUUCAUCAGGACCUGCUGGACCUGACUCAGACUCGGGUUCGACUUCUGGAUCAGAACUUUAA